AUGGGGGACGCCCUCCUGACGCUCCCGGAGCUGAUCCGGAGGGUGCGGGGGGCGCGGACGCAGGCGGUGGAGCGGGAGCUGGUGCAGCGGGAGUGUGCCCGGAUCCGGGGGGCCAUUCGGGCCGGGGACCCCCAGGCCGGCACCACCAACCUCACCAAACUGCUCUACAUCCACCUGCUGGGGUACCCUGCCCACUUCGGCCAGAUGGAGUGUCUGAAGCUCUUGGCCUCACCCCAAUUCCACCAGAAGCGGAUAGGCUACCUGGGUGCUGCGCUCCUAUUGGACGAGAGGCAGGACGCCCACUUGCUCCUGACCAAUAGCAUCAAGAACGACCUGGCGCACCCCUCCCCCUGCGUGCAGGGCCUGGCGCUGGGCUGUCUGGGCUGCCUGGGCUCGGCGGGGAUGUGCCGCGACCUGGCGGGGGAGGUGCAGCAGCUGGCGGGGGACGCCCCAGCCCCCGUGCGCAGGAAGGCUGUGGCCUGCGCCGUCCACAUCGUCCGCAAAGUCCCGGAGCUCUCUGACGUCUUUGUCCCCGUCUGCGACCGGCUCCUCAAGGAGCGACGCCACGGCCUCCUUCACAGCACCCUGCUCUUGAUCACGGAAAUGUGCGAGCGAAGCCCGGAUGUCUUGAGUCACUUCCGCAAGGCUGUGCCCCAAGUGGUGGAGAUGCUGCGCAACUUGGAGGUGUCGGGGUACUCGCCGGAGCACAGCAUCAUGGGGGUCAGCGACCCCUUCCUGCAGGUGCGUGCCCUGCGGCUGCUGAGAGUCCUGGGACAGGGCAGUGAGGAGACCAGCGAGGCCAUGAACGACACCCUGGCCCAGGUGGCCACAAACACGGAGACCUCGCACAAUGUGGGCAGCGCGGUGCUGUACGAGACGGUGCUGACCAUCACGGCGGUGCGCUCGGCGCCCGGCCUGCGGGUUCUGGCUGUCAAUAUUCUGGGACGAUUCCUCCUCAGCAGGGAUCGGAACAUCAGGUCCGUGGCCCUGACGUCCCUGCUGCGGCUGGUGCAUGCGGAGCAGAGUGCCCUCCAGAGGCACCGGGCCACCGUGCUGGCCUGUCUGCGCGACCCGGACCCCUCCAUCCACCGACGUGCCCUGGAUCUCAGCCUGGCCCUGCUGACGGGCGCCAACGUCCGGACCAUGACCCAGGAGCUGCUGGGUUUCCUGGAGACCUGCCCCCCGGCCAUGAAGCCCCCCUGCGCCUCAGGGCUGCUUCUCGCCGCCGAGAGAUUUGCUCCGAACAAACGCUGGCACAUAGACACCAUGCUGCAAGUGCUGACCAUGGCCGGCUCCUCGGUGCCGGACGAUGCUGUCUCCCGACUGAUCCAGCUGAUUGGGGGGGCUGGGGAGCUGCACCCCUACAUCGUGAGACGUCUCUAUGGGGCACUGGCCUGCGACAUCUCCCCGCAACCCCUGGUGCAGGUGGCCACCUGGUGCAUCGGUGAAUAUGGCGACCUUCUCCUAGCCGCGAGCUGCGAGGAGGCGGAGCCUGUGCAGGUGGAGGAGGGGCAGGUGCUGGCGCUGCUGGAGCAGGUGCUACAGUCUCACCUCUCACUGCCCCCGACGCGCGCCCUCGCCCUGACGGCCCUCAUGAAACUCAGCACCCGCCUGCAGGGGGACAUUGAGUGA